AUGACGACCUUGGCUGUGUCCCCCACAAAUGGGCAGUUCGAAUAUGUUCAUGACAACACAACGGAGAGCAGCGCAAACGCGAGUUCGGGUCUUGUGGCACCUGGAGAAAUUGACUUAGAUACCUGGAUGCGGAUCCCCUCUUUGCUUGUUGCCCUGGUUGGGCUGGUGGGGAACAGCACCGUCCUGUGGCUUCUGGGCUUCCGCAUCCACAGGAAUCCCUUCUCCGUCUACAUCCUCAACCUGGCCGGAGCUGACGCCCUCUUCCUUUGUUGCUCCUUCCUGUUCUCCAUAUAUCUAUUUGUUAGUUAUUUGGAUAUUUUUAUGUACAAGGUAGUGGUUUACACAACUUACAUGUUCUACACCGCCGGCCUGAGCCUCUUGGCUGCCAUCAGCACCGAGCGCUGUCUCUCCGUGCUCUUCCCCAUCUGGUACAAAUGUCACCGCCCCAAGCGCACGUCUGCGGCUGUGUGCUUUGUCCUCUGGGCUCUGGCCAGCCUGUUCGGUGUAACAGGUUUUGUUAUUUGUUUUUGUGUACGCAGUCCCUAUUUCUGUCACAACUUCUUCCUCACUGAGUUCGUGUGGUUCAUCCUCCUCACCUGUGUGCUGUGCUUGUCCAGCCUGACUCUGCUGCUGAGGGUCCAGUGCAGCUCCCAGCGCCGGCAGCCCCCCAGGCUCUACCUCCUGGUGCUGCUCACAGUGCUAGUCUUCCUGCUCUGUGGCCUGCCCCUGGAGAUAAGUGAUUUCAUAGGUCGUUUAACCCCAUAUAAUAUGCCUCACUGGAUCCCUUGGCUCCUGGCCUGUGUGAACAGCAGCGCAAACCCCUUCAUUUAUUUCUUCCUGGGCAGCCGAAGGCAUAGAAGGAAGGAGCCCCUCAGGGUGCUCCUCCAAAGGGCUCUGGGAGAUGAUCAGGAGUUGGGAAGUGAAACGUGGGACACCCCCACACCAACUGCACAGAGACAUAAUUCUGAGGUUAAGAACAAGAUGCUUAGACAUGGGAGUCCCUGA